GCGUCGCCAGUUCCUCUGGCGCUGCUCUGCGCGCAUUUGCUGACACACAGUGCCGCCGAUACCACUACCACACAGUACAAGUUAAGCCGCGUAUACCGACGAAUACGUACCGAGAGACCGCGAACUGUUUUUAUAAUUAUUACCACGAACUGCGGGCUCUGUGUCUGUGGCGUUCGCACGACCGCUCGAGGCAUCGACCGACCCUCGCAAACCCGUUCGCGACACCGUCGGCUUCCCGCGCGACGUUAAGCAGCCGCUGCCGGUCGUGACGAGGUGCCCCCCCUCGUCGAGAGCUGCGUCCCCGUGCCGCACGCGAGAGCGCCUGAAACAGAUAUCUGCCUUAAUAAUUUUAAGAUUUUACAUUUGAACGUUUAGUUUGCUGUUUCCAGCGAAAAAAAUAUUCUAGAAGUUAUACAAUAAAAAAUGGUCAUGGAGGCAUCUCCCUCGCCCCAAAGUGUUGGUCGGGAGUUUGUUCGGCAAUACUACACGUUGCUGAACCAGGCUCCGGCUCAUCUCCACAGGUUCUACAAUCAGCAUUCUUCCUUCGUACACGGCGGAUUGGAUUCUAAUCGAGAGUGUACCCCAGCAAUCGGUCAAAAACAAAUACAUCAGAAGAUUCAGCAACUGAAUUUUCGCGAUUGCCAUGCCAAAAUAAGCCAAGUUGAUUCUCAGCUUACUCUUGAAAAUGGAGUUGUUGUUCAGGUGUCUGGAGAACUAUCUAACGCCGGGCAACCGAUGCGUCGCUUCACUCAAACCUUUGUACUAGCUGUGCAAGCACCCAAAACUUACUACGUGCACAAUGAUAUUUUCCGUUAUCAAGACUUAAUAUUCCCGGAUGAGGACGAGGCUGACGUAAGUGCUGGGGAUAGUGGUGAGAGCGGCGAGAGAGAAGUAGAGGAAAUCGGUCGAUCUGAACCUGAGGAAGAUGAACAUCAAACUCAGCCUCAACAAUUGCCGGCUCCUGCUCAAGCUGCCGAGCAACAAGCUCAACCGCCUCUCAUUCCAACUCAACAACCUCCGCUGCAGCAACAACAGCCGAUGUAUUACGCCGCACCACCCCAACCACAUGUUCAUCCGGUAAUACAGCAGGUGUUAAAUGGAACGGUGCAUGAGGAGGUGAUCAAUCAGCAAGCUCCACAGCAACAGCAGCAGCAGCAACAACAACAGCAACCGCCGCCACCGCCUCCAGCGCAGCAACAUCCGUACAUAGCCGAGCCAGCUGCUCAGUCUCAGUUCGUACAGGAGGCAGAGCUAAGUAAUGGAGAGCAACCGCAACAACAGAGCGAGAAUGAGCCGCAGGCUCAGCCAGAAGAAAGGCCCGAACAGCCCGAGACAGAAGCAUUUACUGUAUCCGCACAAGAGACCGAACCCGAACAUCAAGUGUCGAGCGCUACUGUAAACAACAGUGGACCUAAGACAUAUGCUAAUUUGGUAAAAUCUUCUUUCCCAGUCUCCGCUACAGGUGCUACUAGCCCACAAGCUCCCAAGUUAUCCAUGUCUCCUCCACCUAUGACGAAUCUACGUUUGGACGACAGAUCGCCAUUACACCCUUCAAAUAACGGUCCGACGUCUAUGUCAGUUUCCAAUAAUGUGUCUACAGUUCAGCAACAGACGCAUCGUGUGGGCGGAAAUCAACCGCCGCAGCAACAACAACAUCCUCAACAGCAACGCAUUCCAAGAGGUGGAUUGGUUCAAAGAGAUGGAGAACGCCGUGGUACGAGACCAGGACAAUACAGUGACGCUCAUCAACUUUUCUUGGGCAACUUACCACACAACGCUUCUGAGAAUGAUUUGCGCCAAGUGUUCGAGCGUUACGGUAGAGUGGCUGAAUUACGUGUGCACAGUAAAUCGAACGACAGAUGCAAAGGACCGCAAGGCGGAAACAAUACCGCGCGAGUACCUAAUUAUGGAUUUAUCACGUUCGAGGAUCAACAGGUUGUAACUAAGGUGUUAAACUCUCUGCCCAUCUAUUAUCCUGAUGAGAGUGGACAAAAAUUGAAUGUGGAGGAAAAGAAGGUACGACCUAGGCUGUUGGAUGGUAGUGGUGGCAGAUUGAACUCUGGCGAUGGCGGUAUGCGCUCCAUGGGACAACAGCAGCAGCAACGUGGACCGGGUGGACCUGGAGGCGUAAUGAGAGGUGGACAACAUGGUGCACGAGGUGGCCGUGGAGGUUUUUCACGGGGUGGUGACGGCGGUAGGGGCGGCAUGCGACAGCCCGGCAAUCCGAGUAAUCCCGGUUAUCCGAACCGUCGCUAAUAUCGGCCACAUUACGCAACAGUCACAAGAGCCCCUUCUGAUUUCGUCUGUAUUGAAUAAAAUCACCGGUACCAUCACGCAUCUGCCAUCUUCAUUUCGAGAAGCGGAAUUUUAGGACUAUUUCGUAUGUCGCGCGACCUCAUUACCGACGCCAACCUCAUAUGCUUAAACGUCGCUUGCAACAACGUUCGUCAAGCAACAGCAACAAUCGAUAUCAGCUGACGUAGCUCAAAAAAAAGAAAAUCGUACGAAACAUGAGCUCGAACAUGGAUGGCGUGCCAAUCAAAAUCUCGGACAAGGAUCACUCCUCGCGCGAGACUUUGAGCUCAGUGGUGUGAAUAUCUAAAAAUCAUCGGCCAGGCAAACGAUGAUCAUUGGUUCGAAUUCGUCCUUCGUACAUCGACAAUCGGGCAAUCCCGUAGGGAUUUUGCGAAGUACUCACAAAUGCAGUCAUAGACACAUACAUACACGUGCAGCCGUGAGACAAAUCCAAGAAGAGCUUAUAGGAGAACGGUUGGAGUGUGGAAAAUUUUAGUGCAAAAGGAAAGGCGACGGAACGUGAUCUGAAAUCGGGAAUUGUGUCGGAACUCUUUGUGAGGCGGUUUCAGAACAGUGCGCAGCAUUCGUUACUCCGCGCGUUUCCUCCAGCUUGCCAAAUCGCAGGACGAAAAGGCAGCGGAGCGAAUUCCGGUGCACGUACAUACACCUGCGCGUACGCGCACGCACGCACACACACAUACGCACACACACACGCGCGCGCACGCACACACAUACACACACGCACACACACACACACACACACACACACACACACACCAUGUUACCAAGCGAGAGGCGACCAAGCGAAAGGACGAUGAAGCGUCGCUGUGACAUGCGUAAAUUUCGUACGCUUUCGAGUCGACUCGUCAACCGCUGAUGAAACGUCCCGUUGCCCUAAGGUGAAGAAUCGGCAUUGGUAGCAAUCGCACGGAACGAAUCUCGACGAAACGACUACAGGAUCCCAAGACUGUCCCGGUUGCACGCGACAGAAGAAAAAAACGAAUAAAAGGAAAGGCGACAGUUUCUUUUCUUCUACGACCUUCUCCUUUAUUUAUGUCACCGAUCAUCAUUGACCGGUAUUGAUCGUAGACAGGACAAUGCUUCUAGACUGCAGCAACUGGUCUCGCCGUUUUUUCCUCGCUCCAUCCGCAUAUAAGCAUAUAAUCCUGGCUUCGUCUCGUUGCAGUUCGGAACUUUUUGUUCGUGCCUACCUUAUUCAUGGUCUCACCUUCCUUCCCUAUCCCUUUUCUUCUAGGAACAAUUACACAUUCUCCUAACAUCUUUCUACGCUGCUCUGUCCUCUCUUAUAGACUUUCUAUUCUAGCAUCUACCUCUCCCUUUCCCCUCACAUACUUAUUAUUAUUUUCGUUUAGGUAAAGUUAUAGUGAGGAUCGCGCACGCGCAUGGUCUGCUGUUGUAUCGUUCAAUCGUUAAAUUAUUGCUCGUGUGAUAGCGUUUUCACAAGAGUCAAUAACGUUUUCUGGUAAUCGCAGAAUAUUUGCGCUAUACAUCCAGUAAUUCAGCGACUGACGCUCGAAUAUCUGGCGCUAAUCAUUUUUAGCAUCAAAUGAAAGUCGCAAUCGGCACAAUUGCGGAAAUGCGUCCGAACGAUAAUGUGGAACAUUUCCGCGUUAUGUUAACUACUAUAAAAGUAACAUCUUUUUCAAAACACGACGCACCAAUUUCUCCGGACAAUAUUAUCUGUUCGCGUUUCUUGAUGCAGUACAUUCGUACAUCGCAGUUUGCUUAGAGUAUGAAGCAAAACGAAAGUUCUAGUCAGUAACAACGCUCACAAGCAAGAAGGAUCCUGCGAUUAUUAGAGAUUGAACGAUGCAUUUCUUCUGGCCUAUCAGCCUCAUUCCUUUAUGAAACUAUCGGAAUUUUGAAAACGAUCGGUCGGAAAUCCCGCAUGACACAGAAAGUAACGCCAAGCAAAUUUCUAAUUUCCUUUUUUUAUGUCUUGGAAGAAAAAAGGACAUUAAAAAUUUGAUUUUGUAAUAAGUAGUGAGAGAGAGAAAGAGAAAGAGUGAGAACAAGAGAGCAUGUGAGAAAGAGAGAGAGAGAGGGAGAGAAAGUUUGUAUUAGUUUGUAUUUCUCGUCGUUGUGAUCAAGAUCAUCGUGGAGAUUGUUAACGUAGAUCACGCACGAGCGCGACUCCACAUCCGCAGUAGUCUGUAAUCGAAAAGAAAAAGAAAAAAAAAAGAAAAUUCGUCGCGACGCCCGCGUCUGAGACACGGCGACCGCGCCUCCUAUUUGGUGCGCCGCAUCGUUUAACGUUACAUUUUUUUAGCAUGCAGUCUAGUAAUUAAUAUUCAUGUAGUAUUAUACGUGAUGUUAAUGUCUUAUAACUCGGGACAACAGUGACGACGUGACGACAAUGACAAAGACUAUGACAGACUGACUGACAAUAACAAUGAUAAUGACAAUGGCGGCGAUGAUAACCGCGGCCGCUCUGACACAGACGCGGAUAAAGGGAUAGGUUUCGCGUGGCUGCGAUUUGCUUUUUUUUGCAAAAAAAUAGCAAAAAGAAAGGACGAAAACCGAUGAGACAUCUCAAACGUGCGUUCUCGUUGGAUACAUAACGUCUCAAUCUUAAGCCUAUAUCAAUAUUUCCGUUAUAGGUAUUAACAAAAACGCUACGUAGGAGGUAAUGAAGAUUCGAUCAAUUUCGAGUCCUUAUCCUUUGUAAGUUAGUUUAGUAACGCGCGAAAACGUAUUUCCGGAUUUUUGUCGAUAGUUAUCACGUAAUUGGCUCACUUUAAUAUUGUUAAAAAAAAAAAAAGAAAAAUUAAUUAAAUCUGAAUCAGAAAUAUACAGGAUGGAGCACUUAACUUUAUCACUUCUCUCUUCCUUGCGGCAGAAAAUAGAAUAUUGUGUGUCUUAUGUGAUUAUGAAAGAGAGGAUUGUGAAAUCGAGAGAUGGUCACUUCCAUGUCAUUUUUAUUUUAUUAGUCUAAUUUUAUUCUGAAAAUUAAUAUUUUUUGAGAUUAACAGCCACUAUCAAGAAUAUUUUGAAUUUAUUAAAUUUUGAAACAAUUAACAGAUAACUGUUUAUAUCGUUUUUCCUCUCGAAACCAUGUAAAACACAUACCAAGUGGAACACGUUGCGAUCGCGCUAUUCGUUACAAAUUCAUUUAACACUUCGACUGAAACUUCACCCACAAUUUCUUGGAUAUCAUGGCAUCUGGAUGCAAUUAAGAAUCUUACCUCUCGUUUCAGUCACGUUACGAACGACAAAUUACGAAUUAAAAUAAGAUAGUUAUUAUCACGUACAAGUGCCAUAAUUCCCAAGGAAAUAAAAGUAUCAUGCACGUAUCUGUAGUACGGCAGUCAAAGUGUUAAAGAAAGGAUUAAACUUGAAUGGUGAUAUUAGGUAAAGUUCAUGCUCAGUUAAGGCAAAAAUUUUACAAAAGUGACUUGCACCUUUAAACACAUUAAAAAACUAUAUACGUCGGUUUAAACGUGAUUUAAAUAAAUACUCCGCUGGUAAAUAUGUUUCCCUUUUCACGGUACGUACGAGAUCAAUGUGACACUAGAAAGAAAGACUUCGAGAUAUUGAAGUGCCAGCUACUUCAACUUUGUAUACAUAUGUAGAGCAUAUUUAAAUGGAUAUUUGUAUGGCUAAGAGAGAAUUGUCAUUCUAGAUCCUCUUGUACAUUAAACGGUAGACCCGUCUCCAUCAUUUUUAUCCCAACUUAAAGCCGAUUACGCAUUCGAUACUUCUUUAUCAGCGCAUCUCGUGCAGGCGUAGUGAGAUAAAGAGAGAGAAAAGUAUUUUAAGCUGAGCGAUGUAGUUUAAUAUUUGAAAUCGCAGAUUAUAACUUCCGAUUUUCGCGUGCCACUUAAUAUAAAAUUAUUCUACACAACAUACGCUCACACACGCCGUUUUGACUUCACUACGUCCUUAUCCAUGUGCAUAUCCGUGUGUUCAAGUACAACGUGUUCAAAGCCGCAGUUACGCGAGAUCAUCGCUUUACAUAACUUAAAAGAGAGCUCUGCAAAUUUUUAGUGUGAAUGUUUUCAUUUUUAAGAGUAACUAUUAAUAUUAAUAAUAAUAAUAAAGAUAAAUAUAAUAACGAACGAAGGAAAGAGAGAGGAUACGAAGGAAAAGCUACAAAUAACUAUGUAAUAACGAUUAAAGAACGGCGGUUGAUAAGUUAUGAAUUUUUGUAGUAUACAUUAUUAUUUCGGUCUGCCAGGCCAGUUUGUGUGUACAACCAAUUGAAAAUGACGUUACUGCGAUAAAAGAGAGAGGAGAGGAUAAUGUGUUAAAACGGAGGGAAAAAAAAGUGAAAAAAACGAACAUCAAAUGUAUUGUAACUUUUUGCAUUUAGUAUAAUAUAUAUACUUACCUUAUACUACCAA